AACUUACGUGUUAUUGUUUUAUAUCACUUAAGUUCAUUGAUGCAGUGACUCAAAGAUAGGCCCAUGAUCUGUUCUGUAGGCGUAGUGCCUGUCAUCUCUUUCAUAAAAUACUUACGAUAUGAUCAAUUCUGUUUAAACCCAUCAACGGCUAAAUUUCUUAUGGCGCAGUAGUCUACCUAUGUCAAAUGAACUCUCGGUUGGUCGUUCAGCCUCGCAGUUUCUGGUCGCUUCUGAGAAUAGAUCGGGAUAUGAUAUUUGCAAUUCAACAUCGGUCGGUUCCCCACGCAGAAAUGUUGCUCGUUUCCAGCGUCCAACAGCCUUGUUGUGUGAAAGACAACGUUCUGAAUCUCCUGCAACUCAUUCAAAGAGUCGACAGCAAGAUGCUUCCGUUAAUAGUAAUAAACAAAACGACAGAUAUGAUUUUGAAUCUUUGCAAAAAGAAAUUGCCAAAAGGAGUGGCGUCCUACUCUUCGGAAACAAGGUUUUGCUCGCUAAAACAGACGAUUUCGCGAAUGAGGGCUGUCUAGGUUCUGGUACGUGUAGCUCUGUGUACAAGAUGCGACAUCGUACCAAGCCUAAUAUAGUAAUGGCGGUUAAGCAAAUGCGUGUGUCAUCUACGUAUGAAGAGGAAAAUAAGCGUAUUAUGAUGGAUCUAAAUAUUGUUACAAAAUGCUUCGAUUGCUCUUAUAUCGUCGAGUGCUAUGGAAUAUUCUUCUCCGGAGGUGACGUCUGGAUAUGCAUGGAAGUCAUGUCAACCUGCUUAGAUAAGCUAUAUCAUGAUCUUCAUCGUCCAUUUCCAGAAAAGGUAUUGGGGAAAGUGACGGUUGCUAUUACCACUGCUUUGGACUAUUUGAAACGGAAACAUAACGUUAUGCACAGAGACGUUAAACCAUCUAAUAUGCUUUUGAGUUACCAAGGUGUUAUUAAGUUAUGUGACUUCGGAAUAAGUGGAAUUCUUAAGGAUUCUAUUGCCCGUUCGCGACAGCCGGGAUGCACUGGUUAUAUGGCUCCAGAACGUCUUAACAACUCAACAUAUGAUGUUCGUGCAGACAUUUGGUCACUUGGAAUAUCAUUGUUGGAGUUGGCAACCGGAUCUUUUCCAUACACUGGGACUCAUAUUGAAUUUGCUAUUAUGACUAAAAUAAUUUCAGAUCCACCUCCAUCGUUACCUCACCAUAUACCUUUUACCCCUGCAUUCCGUCAAUUCGUCGAGCUAUGCUUAACAAAGGACCAUACUCAGCGCCCAAAAUAUCGCUCAUUAAUGAGUACUGGAUUUUUUGUUCGGCACAACAAGGAACCUCAUGAUGUACUAGAGUGGCUUAGGGGAUUACCAUUACCACACUUACAGUGUUUAGAUGAAACGAAGACCAAUAAUUGGGAUUGCAAAACCCCUACAAGCAUCACAUCCUCUAUGGAUUAUUUGACUGGUACAAUUGAAUCUCCCGAAUCAGUGACCACUCUUAGUCCAGAUAUUUCCGGGGGUGUGAGUAAUAUCUCUCUUGAUGACUCUUCCGAUUCAAAAAAAGCAUCAUGGGAAAAUAUAAGUAAUCAAGCUGAGGUAGACGUUACACUAGUUGCAGCACCUAAAGUAAAUUCCGAUUCUAACGAGCAAACACAGUUCACUGUUCAUAAAUCUUCUGUAACUUCUGACCAUUUUGUUAAUGAAAAUAUUUCCCCUCAGCUUUCAUCCCUUACAAUUAGUGAACAGUUUUCUGUUGGUCAAAACCCUCAUUUUUUUAGGACCCGAAAUACAAUAGUUGAUCAGAGUUCAGAAAAUUUUAUUAACCUACUAGAGGGAAAGUCCAAUAAGUUCCUCUCCCAGGGCUCUUCAGGUUACGGAUCUGCAGGUUCUGAUAGUUCUCCUGGAUCUCUUGGAAGUGAUAGUCGUCCACCAAGUUCCACCCAAGUUCUUGAUAUGAUAUUACCCAAUAGAAGUGUUAAUGGGAUCCCUUCUUUACCGGUAUUUCAGCGUGCCAAACCUUCGUACACUAUCAGAGUCAAUAAACCCAAUACAUGUUUGAACAAUAUUUCGGAAAAUAAUGCUAGUCGAUCUAAUUUGUCAAUCCGGCCCACCGUAUCAGAUUCAUUUUCUAAUCAUCCUAGUUGUCAAGUCUCCUCUGUGCAUUCAAUAAGUGGUUCUGAUCAGUGGAGUACGUUAUCCCUAUCAUCUAGAACAACUCAUAUACCUACAUCUCAACCUGUUACGGAAAAUUCUGUUCAUAAUCAGCUAACAUCACUCAUUGAAAAAUUUGAACCCAGCUCGAAUAAAGGAGUUGGUUUAUGUUCUAGCACGAAACAUGAAAAGUGUACCCCUUUAGAUAAUGAUUCCGAAGAAAAAAGUAAAAGUUUUGGUUCUUCAAAGAUGGAAUUGAUCUGUGGUCGUCCCAAUAUAAACAAACGGAAAGUAGUUGGCCAAUCACGUUCCUCUUCUGUUGGUGCUCAGUUGCAGCGCUCUCCCGCUAAAAGAUGGUUAGUCAGACCACCACGCAUUAUAAGAAAUCUUCAAGUCGAUCAAAAUCCUUCAGUAUGUGCACACAAUAAUACCACUCGUAUACGUUCGCCAGUAAUUCCAAAUGCUACCUCAUCCAUAUUGAACCCGAACUAUGGGACCAUUUUAGGGAAGAAUACGUCUCCACAACAAUAUCAUCAUCAUUAUUUCUAUUAUUAUUAUGACAAUCAACUUGAUGCAAACAAUCUAAAUAAACCACCUAGUACAUCAUGGGUGGCCAAAGAGAAUAUAAGUGCUCUUGGUAGAAAUUCGCCAUCUUAUUUUACUAAUUCAAACUCCAAUUCAUUGGUUAGUAACUCUCUACCCUCAAGCAACAUAUCACCUAUUCUUUCAGGAAGAAUGUGUCAACGGUUAAAUACUCAUCCAAUUCCAAGACAAAGCAGUUUGCAAUUUCCAUCUGACGAUUUUAGAUCUUCCAAGGUGGAGUCAACUUCACUUCUUUUCUCUGGAAUGUUAGGAUCACGUCUACCUAUGGCUUCACAAUCCACUUAUCAGAUUAUAUCCAGCGAGUCCCAUGGGCGAUACCUUAACCGAAACAUUUUCCAACAUCCACUUGUAUUCAGUAACUCAACGCUAAGAGACACUGGUACAUUGAUAAAGAAAGGUGAACAUCCUAAACAUACACACAGAUCAGUGUCACAACCUCCUAAAUUACGAGACUGGCUAUCUUUUGAAACAGAAUUGUGAAGAUACACCUAAUGGUACUAAUGCAUAUCAACAGAAAUAUCGAGAUCUAUUUAUGUUCCUAAACUUAGUUCCAACUUACCUUUGUCUUUCGAUGCUUGCAUCAGCAUUUUGUUGUUAGGACGAUUUUAUUGAUCAUCUUCAAAUGCUCACAUUCAUUUCUAGUCUUUCCAUUCUCCAUACAAAAUGCAUAACCUACAAAAGCUUUCAGCAACUACUCUUAAAUAUGUUUAUUGGUAAUCAAUUGGGUUACUUCUGUACAUACUAGUGUAAAUUAUGGUCUUCAUUGUAAUUUAUGCCCUAACAGUUUUAUUUGAAGUCAGUUACCUAGUUGUAUUAUUGUUUUAUUAGUCAAGUCUUGAAUUUUUGGAUGAUUUUUAAAAAUAAUCUUUCAACGAAUUCAUGUUAGGUUCCAGAAAAUAAAAUAUUUUU